AUGGGUGUCUCAAGGAUUGCGCGGCUUGGUUGGCUUCUGCCACCCGCUGCACUCGCGGUCUACUCUACGAAAGACCGCAAUCGACUAGUACCAAAUGGUUCCGCUUUCUCCUCAUCUCCUUGGGCUAAGAACGAACCAAAGUCAGGAAACAGCCUUUUUGAUGGUACGGGAACGUCGGAGAGCAACAAUCCCGAUUCUGUCUGGCUGAAAGUUGCGCAAAAGCUUGACAAUGUCAAGCAAACCGUGGGCGUUGGAGCCCUGGGAGAGCUUGGAGGAAACAUCACCGAGCUGAUUCUACCUGACUGGGCAAAAUAUCUUCCAGCUACGGCUCAGAAACUACAGCGAGAACUGUCAAUGGCUCCUGGUUCCCUUGCAGAUGAGAUUUGGAGGGAGGCCCACGACCCGGAGAUCAACCCGGAGAUUUUACGAGACGCUCGCGUCCGCGUCAGUGCGGGACUUUGUGACGAAGAGCUUGAAUUUAGGGAAAAACGUCAGCAACGCGUGCGAAAGGCACUGGCAUCUUAUUUAGACAUUGCCGAAGACGAAAUUCAUCCAGAUGAUAUUCCAGUCAUGGCAAUGUGCGGCUCGGGCGGUGGUCUACGAGCUCUCGUUGCGGGAACUGGAUCCUACCUCGCGGCACAAGAAGCUGGAUUAUGGGACUGUAUCACAUACACUGCUGGUGUAAGUGGUAGCUGUUGGCUGCAGACCCUGUACCAUUCGUCGUUUGCGCAAGGGAACUUUCAUCGACUCGUGGAUCAUCUAAAGAACAGGCUAGGAGUGCAUAUCGCUUUCCCGCCCGCUGCUCUUGACUUGCUCACCACCGCACCAACGAACAAGUUUCUCCUCAGUGGUUUAGUGGAGAAGCUCAAGGCAGAUCCCAACGCGGAUUUUGGCUUGGUUGACAUUUAUGGCAUGCUGUUGGCUGCACGUUUGCUUGUUCCCAGAGGGGAGUUGGGCGUCUGUAACAGAGACCUCAAAAUUUCCAACCAGCGGGCCAAUCUGCUGGACGGUUCCCAUCCGAUGCCGAUUUACACUGCUGUGCGUCAUGAAAUUCCCGUUGCGGCAAAGAAAUCCGCGGAGGACCUACACAAGACCUCGGAGGACGUGAUCGAGGAAGCCAAACAGGAGUCAUGGUUCCAGUGGUUCGAGUUCACUCCAUACGAAUUCUUCUGCGAAGAGCUAAAUGCUGGAAUUCCGACAUGGGCAUUGGGCCGUCAUUUUGACAAGGGCUUCAAUGUAACUGAUGAACGAGACUCCCACAUUCCCGAACUCCGUGUUCCAGGACUCAUGGGGAUAUGGGGAAGCGCGUUCUGUGCAACGCUAUCCCAUUACUAUAAGGAGAUCCGACCUUUGGUAAAAGGUCUUGCUGGUUUCGGUGGCAUCGAUUCCCUCAUUCAAGGGAAGAACGAAGAUCUCAUUCGAGUACACCCAAUUGAUCCAGCCGCCAUUCCCAACUUUGUGAUGGGCAUGAAGGAUCAAUUGCCUUCUUCCUGCCCAGAUUCUAUUUUUGAAGACAAACAUUUACGUCUUAUGGACUCCGGCAUGAGCAACAAUCUGCCCAUUUAUCCACUGAUCCGACCCGGUCGAGACGUGGAUAUCAUCGUCGCGUUUGAUGCUUCAGCCGACAUCAAGCAAGAAAACUGGCUGUCUGCCGUGGACGGCUACGCGCGCCAACGCGGAAUCAAAGGAUGGCCAAUCGGCGCUGGCUGGCCUCCAGAGACCGAACCUCUCGAGAAGACUGAGGAAAUCCUACGCGAGCCCGAAAACAUUACCCCAGAGCAAGCCGAACAGAAAGUCGCCGAAGCGCAAGACAACAGCGUCGUAUCGGACCAAAACAAAAAAGCCAAAAGCGCGGGCGCAAAUCCAAACACCGACCUCGGGUACUGUAAUGUCUGGGUGGGCACCCAACAGGAACUUGUUGCCGAGGACGAGCCUCCUCCAUCAAAGCGUCUCUUUCAAGACGGCCACUCUGAGAAUCCCACCGAAUCGGAAUUCCACCUAAUGAGACCCGACGCUGGCGUUGCCGUCAUUUAUCUCCCGUUCCUUCCCAAUCCUUCCGCCCCCGAACUUGCUCCCGCCCAGAAGAACACUCGACCUCUCGCUGCAGCUGAGUCGCUCCGACAAGCUGAAAACGAGAGCUCGUCUUACUCAACCGACGUGGAAAAACCAAAACCGAAUUCAAUCAAUCCGGAUGUCGACGAUUUCCUUUCUACCUGGAACUUCAUCUACACACCCGACCAGGUCGAUUCCGUUGUUGGCCUUGCGAAAGCGAACUUCGCCGAGGGCAAAGAUCAGAUUCGUCGCGUAGUUCGUGCUGUAUAUGAACGCAAAAAGAAGGACCGACUUGAUCGCGAGGCUCGCGACUCGCGCAAGCGCAUGGAGGGCUUCUUGUGA